CCGCCGAUGCCGUUCCGGGUCGCGCGGGGCGGCGCAGGCGCGGCGGGCGGCGGAAGGCGGCGGGAGGAGCGCGUUGCGAUGGCGGCCAAGCGCAAAGCGGAGGCGCUGAUCCCGGCCGAGGAGAGCGACCAGCUGCUCAUCCGGCCCCUAGGUGCUGGCCAAGAAGUAGGAAGGUCAUGCAUCAUUCUGGAGUUUAAAGGAAGAAAAAUAAUGCUUGAUUGUGGAAUCCAUCCUGGGCUGGAAGGAAUGGAUGCUCUUCCUUACAUUGAUUUGAUAGAUCCAGCUGAGAUUGAUCUCCUCCUUAUUAGUCACUUCCAUUUAGAUCACUGUGGGGCUUUGCCAUGGUUUUUACAGAAAACAAGUUUUAAGGGAAGGACAUUUAUGACUCAUGCCACAAAAGCUAUUUACAGAUGGCUUCUUUCAGACUAUGUUAAAGUCAGUAACAUCUCAGCAGAUGACAUGCUGUACACAGAAACAGACUUGGAAGAAAGCAUGGACAAGAUUGAGACCAUCAAUUUCCAUGAAGUGAAAGAGGUGGCAGGAAUCAAAUUCUGGUGCUACCACGCAGGCCACGUUCUGGGAGCAGCCAUGUUUAUGAUUGAAAUAGCUGGUGUGAAGCUGUUAUAUACAGGUGAUUUCUCAAGGCAGGAAGACAGACACCUGAUGGCAGCUGAGAUUCCCAAUAUCAAACCUGACAUUCUUAUAAUUGAAUCCACGUAUGGCACUCACAUUCACGAGAAGAGGGAAGAGCGGGAGGCGAGGUUCUGCAACACCGUUCACGACAUUGUCAACAGAGGGGGCCGAGGCCUCAUCCCUGUGUUUGCCCUGGGCCGAGCUCAGGAACUGCUCCUAAUCUUAGAUGAAUACUGGCAGAAUCAUCCUGAACUCCAUGAUAUCCCCAUAUACUAUGCCUCUUCUUUGGCCAAGAAAUGUAUGGCAGUUUAUCAGACAUAUGUCAAUGCCAUGAAUGACAAAAUACGCAAGCAAAUUAACAUCAACAAUCCUUUUGUUUUCAAGCAUAUUAGUAAUCUGAAGAGUAUGGAUCACUUUGAUGACAUUGGCCCCAGUGUUGUUAUGGCUUCCCCAGGUAUGAUGCAGAGUGGCUUAUCCAGGGAGUUGUUUGAGAGCUGGUGCACAGAUAAGAGAAAUGGAGUCAUUAUUGCAGGGUACUGCGUUGAAGGAACUCUUGCUAAGCACAUCAUGUCUGAACCUGAAGAGAUCACAACUAUGUCAGGGCAGAAACUCCCACUGAAGAUGUCUGUGGAUUACAUUUCUUUCUCUGCUCACACAGAUUAUCAACAAACCAGUGAAUUUAUCCGGGCCCUGAAACCUCCACACGUGAUUUUAGUUCAUGGUGAGCAGAAUGAAAUGGCCAGAUUGAAAGCAGCAUUGAUACGGGAGUAUGAGGAUAAUGAUGAAGUUCAUAUAGAAGUUCAUAAUCCUAGGAAUACUGAAGCUGUGACAUUAAACUUCAGGGGAGAAAAACUUGCCAAGGUGAUGGGAUCUUUAGCAGAUAAGAAACCAGAGCAAGGACAGAGAAUUUCUGGAAUCCUAGUUAAAAGAAAUUUUAACUAUCACAUCCUUUCUCCAUGUGACCUUUCCAAUUACACGGACUUGGCCAUGAGCACGGUGACCCAGACCCAAGCCAUCCCCUACACGGGCCCUUUCAAUCUGCUCUCUUACCAGCUGCAGAAACUCACCGGUGAUGUAGAAGAAAUAGAAAUCCAACAAAAACCAGCCCUGAAGGUUUUCAAAAAUAUUACUGUGAUCCAGGAACCAGGCAUGGUAGUCCUUGAGUGGGUGGCAAAUCCUGCUAAUGAUAUGUAUGCAGACACUGUGACUACAGUGAUACUGGAAGUUCAGUCAAACCCCAAAAUACAGAAAGCUGCCGUAAAUAAGAUUUCCAAAAAAAUAGAUAUGGAUGUAUAUAGGAAGAGAAUGGAGAUCAUGCUUCAGGAUAUGUUUGGAGAGGACUGUGUGAGUUCCAAAGAUGACUCUGUGCUGUGCAUCACAGUGGAUGGAAAGACUGCCAACAUUUCCCUGGACACUCGGACAGUUGACUGUGAGCCGGGAAGCGAAGAUGAUGAAUCCCUUCGGGAAAUGGUGGAUCUGGCAGCACAGAGGAUUUAUGAUAUCCUCAGCCCUGUAUACUGACCUCUGUAGAUACUUAGGAUGCCUAAAAAAAUCUUUUAAAUUUUCAAUUUAUUUGAGCUAUUUUUUACGAGUAAAUAGAUUUUUUUCCUGAAUAAGUAAAAGGUUUCAAUUCUG